AUGUCUGUGGCCAAGAUCGAGCACGCAGAGCUGAUUGACGAGGGUACCAAGCGGCCCAAGAUCGGCGGUCUGCACGAUCCCCGUAUGGGUACCAUCAACCGCAACUUCAAGUGCCAGACGUGCUCGGAGGGCAUGGCUGAGUGCCCCGGACAUUUCGGUCAUAUCGAGUUGGCCAAGCCUGUUUAUCUGAACGGUUUUCUGACCAAGGUCAAGAAGAUUCUUGAGUGUGUGUGCUACUCUUGCUCCAAGCUCAAGGUGGACGAUAACAACAGCAAGUUUGUCAGAGCUCGACGCAUCAGAGACCCCAAGGUCCGUCUGAAGGCUGUUUGGGAGCUCGCCAAGACCAAGAUGGUCUGCGAGGGUGGCGAUGAUAUUGACGGCGAGAUGGGCGAAGAGAUGGAGGUGGAUGAGCAAGGUAUUCCACAGCCCAAGAAAAAGUCGCACGGUGGAUGUGGACACCGCCAGCCCAUCUUCCGCAAGGAAGGUCUCGGCCUGAGCGUCAACUUCAAAGCCAACGCCAACGACGAUUCUCAACCCGAGGGCAAGCGCACAUUGACGCCCAGUGAUGCGUACCACAUCUUGAAGCGUAUUUCGGACGAAGAUAUCCAGGCCAUGGGUCUGUCUGCAGAGUUUGCUCGCCCCGAGUGGAUGAUCAUGACAGUGCUUCCUAUCCCUCCUCUGGCUGUCCGCCCCAGUAUUCAAAUGGAUGGAUCGAGCACAGGAGAGGAUGAUUUGACUCACAAGUUGUUUGCCAUCAUCAAGACCAAUGCUGAUGUCUACCGGUGUGCACAGGACGGAACCCCAGCACAUUUGAUCCAGCAGCACGAGCAGCUGCUCCAGUACCAUGUCGCCACAUACAUGGAUAACGACAUUGCUGGACAGCCCCCAGCAGCUCACAAGAACGGACGACCUCUCAAGUCGAUUCGUGCUCGUCUGAAGGGAAAGGAGGGUCGUCUUCGUGGAAACUUGAUGGGAAAGCGUGUGGAUUUCUCGGCGCGUACAGUUAUUACAGGAGACCCCAACUUGUCGAUUGACGAGGUCGGAGUGCCCCGCAGUAUCGCCAGGACCCUUACCUACCCAGAAUUGGUCACACCCUACAACAUUGACAAAUUGCAGGAGCUGGUCAGGAACGGACCCACAGAGCAUCCCGGAGCUGUGUAUGUCAUCCGUGAUGAUGGCCAGCGUAUCGACUUGCGGUGGAACAAGCGAGAAGUCCCUUUGCAGCUCGGAUGGAAGGUUGAGCGUCACAUUAACGACGGCGACGUUGUUAUCUUUAACCGUCAGCCUUCUCUGCACAAAAUGUCGAUGAUGGGUCACAAGAUUCGCGUGAUGCCUUACUCGACGUUCCGUCUCAACCUCUCUGUCACAUCGCCCUACAACGCCGAUUUCGACGGAGACGAGAUGAACUUGCACGUUCCCCAGUCGGUUGAGACGCGUGCCGAGAUUACAGAGAUCUGCAUGGUUCCUCGCCAGAUCGUUUCCCCCCAGUCGAACAAGCCCGUCAUGGGUAUUGUGCAGGAUACGCUGUGCGGUGUGCGCAAGUUUACCAAGCGUGACUGCUUCCUGACCAAGGAGAUGGUGAUGAACUUGGUGAUGUGGGUGCCCGGUUGGGAGGGAUUCCUGCCAACCCCUGCAAUCCUCAAGCCCAAGCCUCUAUGGACCGGAAAGCAGAUGGUCAGUAUGAUUAUCCCCAAGGGUAUCAACUGUAUCACCUUCCACUCGACUCACCCUGAUAACGAAGAGAGCGACAUUUCCCCUGGAGACACCAAGGUCAUUGUCGAGAACGGCGAAUUGAUUUGCGGUAUUGUCUGCAAGAAGACUGUCGGUACAUCAGGAGGCGGAUGGAUCCACGUAAUAAUGAACCAGUACGGACCUGAGGUGGCCAAGACGUUCUUCAACGGAUGUCAGACGGUCGUCAACUACUGGCUGUUGCAGCACGGAUUCAGUAUUGGUAUUGGAGACACAGUUGCGGAUCGUAACACUGUCUUGGGCAUUUCCACGAUUAUCAACAACGCGACCAGCAACGUCAACGACCUCAUUAUCCAGGCGCAGCAGGACAAACUCGAGUGCAAGCCCGGUAUGACCCUGCGCGAGACAUUCGAGUCGAACGUGAACAGGGCGCUAAACACGGCUCGUGAUGAUGCAGGAAAGAUGGCCCAGCAGAGUUUGCGCGAGGACAACAACGUCAAGCAAAUGGUUAUCUCUGGAUCCAAGGGAUCCUUCAUUAACGUCUCGCAGAUGACAGCUUGUGUGGGUCAGCAGAACGUCGAGGGUAAACGUAUUCCUUUUGGAUUCAAGUACCGAACCCUCCCCCACUUUACCAAGGACGACCAUUCGCCCGAGAGUCGUGGUUUCGUCGAGAACUCGUACCUUCGUGGUUUGACCCCUCAAGAGUUCUUCUUCCACGCCAUGGGAGGACGUGAAGGUCUGAUUGAUACCGCUGUCAAGACUGCCGAGACCGGUUACAUUCAGCGUCGUCUGGUCAAGGCGCUGGAGGAUGUGAUGGUCAAGUACGACGGUACCGUCCGAAACUCCCUCGGCCAUGUGAUCCAGUUCUGUUACGGUGAGGAUGGCAUGGAUGCUUGUCACGUCGAGAAGCAACGCUUGGAUACGGUCAAGAUGUCCAAUGCUCAGUUUGAGCGAAAGUUCAAGAUUGAGUUGGCGGACAAAUCCAAGGGUUUCAAGUCAGGUACCCUUGACUACUCUGUGCUCAAGUCGUUGGAGGAGGCCGAUGCUGCCAGGUCCAGCGGGUCGAGGUCCAAUGUCGGCCCCGUCCAGUCGUUGCUGGAUGCCGAGUUCAAGCAGUUGGAAGAUGACCGCCACUUGCUCCGCAACUACAUCUUCACGGAAGGUGACGACCAAUGGCCUAUGCCUACCAACAUCAGACGUUACAUCUGGAACUCCAAGCAGAUGUUCCACGUCGACCACAAGCGACCCAGCGACCUUGAUCCUCGCCACAUCUUGGAGAGCAUCAAGAACCUGGAGAAGCAACUGGUUGUCGUUCGCGGCACGGAUCGCAUCAGUGUGGAGGCUCAGGACAAUGCCACUUUGCUGUUCCGCAUGUUGAUUCGUUCGACGCUUGCAGUCCGCAGGGUGAUUGAGGAGUACCACCUGACACGCGAGGCUUUUGAUUGGGUUGUCGGCGAGAUUGGAUCCCGCUUCGCCCACGCGAUGGUCAAUCCCGGAGAGAUGGUCGGUACGGUCGCUGCCCAGUCGAUCGGAGAGCCCGCCACACAGAUGACGCUCAACACCUUCCAUUACGCCGGAGUGUCGUCCAAGAAUGUCACCCUGGGAGUGCCUCGUCUUAAGGAGAUUAUCAACGUUGCGACCAACAUCAAGACGCCUUCGCUGAACGUUUACCUGACCGACGACUGUGCGCGUAACAUGGAGCGAGCCAAGCAGGUCCAGGUGGCGCUUGAGUACACCAACUUGCGCAAGGUAACCUCGUCGACCGAGAUUCACUACGACCCCGACCCAGAGAACACCAACAUCGAAGAGGAUCAGGACUUUGUUUCGGCCUACUAUGCCAUGCCCGAUGAUGACCUGAACCCCUCACGCACGUCGCCCUGGUUGCUGCGUAUCGAGUUGGACCGCAAGAUGAUGCUUGACAAGAAGCUAACGAUGGCGGAUGUGUCCAACAAGAUCUCGGAGGACUUCCAGCGCGACCUGAUGUGCAUUUGCUCCGACGACAACGCCGAGAAGCUGAUUAUCCGGUGCCGCAUCAUUAGCGAGGAGCAGGCGGACAAGCAGGCGGAUGUUCAGGAGGAGGAGGAUGUUUUCUUGAAGAAGAUUGAGAGUAGUUUGUUGAGCUCGAUCGGCCUGCGUGGUAUCAAGAACAUCAUCCGUGUGUACAUGGUGGAGAAGAAGAAGAUCACCAUCACGGAGAGCGGCACUUUUGGCUCUCAUAUGGAGUGGCACUUGGAGACCAGUGGUUCGAACUUGAAGGCCGUCAUGUGCGAGGAGGAUGUCGACGCUAGCAGGACCUACUCGAACAACUGCGGUGAAGUCAUGUCGGUCCUUGGUAUUGAGGCAGCUCGUCAGGCGCUUUUGAAGGAGUUGCGUGGAGUCAUUGAGUUUGAUGGUUCCUAUGUCAACUACCGUCACUUGUCGUUGCUGUGUGAUGUGAUGACUCACCGCGGACACUUGAUGGCUAUUACCCGCCACGGUAUCAACCGCGCCGAGACUGGAGCACUGAUGCGUUGUUCGUUCGAGGAGACUGUCGAGAUUUUGAUGGAGGCCGCCGCUGUUGGUGAGUUGGAUGACUGCCGCGGAGUGGCUGAGAACAUUAUGUUGGGACAGCUGGCGCCAUUGGGAACCGGCGAAUUUGACCUGAUGUUGGAUGAGAAGAUGUUGAGCACGGUCGUUGAGGGACCCCGUCCUGGCAUGGCCGGCGGAAUGGGUAUGGGAAUGGGUAUGGGUAUGGGAAUGGGUAUGGGUAUGGGCCACGACAGCAUGGGGUCUGCGAUGACGCCGUACGACGGCCGCUCGCCUCAGUAUGUGGACUUUUCACACCCCAGCUCGCCCAUGGAUGCAGUGUUCUCGCCCAUGGGCAACUCUGGAGCCAGCUCACCUAUGGGCCCUGGAUCAUGGGAUGCAGCCAGUCCCUAUGGAGCUACCAGUCCUGGAUACUCCCCAGCAUCUCCGGGCUACUCGCCCAGCUCGCCCAUGUACGCGACCAGCCCUGGUUACAGUCCUACGUCUCCCAGCUACAGCCCUACGUCGCCGAGCUACAGCCCUACAUCUCCCAACUAUUCGCCCACGUCACCCUCGUACUCGCCUACGUCGCCUUCGUAUUCUCCUACGUCGCCCUCGUAUUCGCCUACGAGCCCAAGCUAUAGCCCCACGUCCCCAAGCUACAGCCCGACGUCGCCGUCGUACUCGCCUACAAGCCCAAGCUAUUCUCCUACGAACCAUGGGUACGGUGCGACCUCGCCGGCGUACUCACCUACGUCGCCGUCGUACUCGCCCACGUCCCCAUCAUACUCGCCUACGAGCCCCAGCUACAGCCCCACGUCGCCAAGCUACUCGCCUACGUCGCCAAGCUACUCUCCUACGAGCCCGAGCUAUUCGCCUACGUCGCCCUCGUACAGUCCCACGUCGCCUAGCUACUCGCCGACAUCGCCGUCGUACUCGCCCACGAGCCCUAGCUAUUCGCCCACGUCGCCGUCGUACAGCCCCACGAGUCCCAGCUACUCUCCUACGAGCCCAAGCUACUCCCCAGCAAGCCCUAGCUACUCUCCUAGCUACUCGGCACCGACGACGUCGUUCUCACCCAUGGGCUAUGGCACAGGUGGAGGACCGUCGAGCGGCGGAGCAGCGACUCCUGGACGACCCAUGUAUAGUCCCGCCGGCAAUGGUGCGGCCAGCCCAUCCCGACCUCCUGCCGGACAGGGCAAGUCGACCAGCCCAACGUACUCGGACGAUGAGGAGUAA